AUGCAUCCAGAUAAGCCCUUACCUGAGCUGGUGGCCGAGAAAAACAGCUUGGACCCCACCUUUGUGCAUGCGGUGCGCCUGCUUGCUGAAGAAAUUGAAAAGUAUGAGGGCGACGAAUCGAGAAAAGAUGGUGACGUGAAGAAAUACCUAGAUAUCAUCAGCAAUAAAAAUAUCAAGCUCUCUGAAAGAGUUCUCAUUCCAGUCCAACAGUAUCCAAAGUUUAAUUUUGUUGGAAAGCUGCUGGGACCGCGGGGAAAUUCCAUGAAACGAGUACAAGAGGAAACGGGAGUGAAGAUGUCCAUCCUUGGCAAAGGGUCCAUGAGGGAUAAAGGCAAGGAAGAAGAAUUGAGGAAAAGUGGGGAGGCCAAAUACGCCCAUCUGAGUAAUGAUCUUCAUGUUUUAAUUGAAGUCUUUGCCCCACCUGGAGAGGCCUAUUCCCGCAUGAGUCACGCCUUAGAGGAGAUUAAAAAAUUCCUAGUUCCAGACUACAAUGACGAGAUCAGACAGGAGCAGCUGAGAGAGCUCUCCCUGCUGAACGGCUCUGAAGAUUCAAGCAGAGGGAGGUGUGCACAGGGAAGGACCACACGACCAACCACCACAGCAUCCGCAAGGGGCCACAGAGGCACAGGAAGGAGUGCAGUAGCCCCUCGGGGGACAGCGGCAGCGACACACAGCAAACUUCCCAAGAGUGUUUUAACGAGGGAGGUACAAGCUCCGAGAGCCAGGGGGGCAGCAGGGAGUGUUGGAUACAGGCCCCCGCUGUUAGCAGUCACACAUGAAUCAUACGACGACUAUGGCUACGAUGAUGGAUACGGUGGAGAAUAUGAUGAUGAGAGUUACGAAGCCUAUGAAGAUAACUACAGCAAUCCAUCAAAAAGCAUUUCAGAAUAUUAUGAGUAUGGACAUGGAACCAGUGAUGAGUCCUAUAACAACUAUGAGGAGGAGUGGCCGACUACCCGUCCCAGUCUCAAAGCACCAAUUUUACGGCUGACAAGAGGGGGCUACAGAAAACAUCCUUAUGGUAGAUACUGA